ACAGCAAUCGCGCACGUUGUACCCAAACGACUUUAGAACCCUGUGUACGAGCUCGAAUCGGCGAUACGUUGUAUCAUACAAGUCGUGAACUAAUCUAAAUGUCUGUUUUUGAGGACACUUCACCAGAAUUGAUGCCGGAAUCCGGUAUGGUCGAGGGGGUGCCGUAAAGCGGCGGAGUGCGUUCGCGAACUACGACUCCCAUAAUCCUUCGUGGCGCACGUGAUUGUCUCAUGCCAGACAGCCAGCUGCGUUGUGGGAAGGAAACCAGGUAGAUGGAGCUCAGUGCUGUUUUCAGUUGCAGAGCGAACCGGAGGGUGUUGAGUCCACAGGUGCAGUGAUGUGUCCCAAUUCGUCGAAGCUCACCGGUCUGAUCGCCGCUACGUUCACGCCGCUCACUCCUCAAGGAGAGUUGAACCUGGCACUGAUCGGGCCGUACGUGGACUACCUGCUGGAGAAGCAGCGCGUGCGCAGCGUGUUCGUAAACGGGACGACGGGCGAAGGAUGUUCUCUGACCCUGGAGGAACGGAAGCAGCUGGCGGAGGAAUGGUGCCGUCAGGGAAAGGGGAAACUCGACCAGGUCAUCGUUCACGUCGGGUGUUUGAGCGUGAAAGACUCCCAGGAGCUGGCACGUCACGCCGCCUCGGUCGGAGCCGACGCCAUCGCCGCCAUCUCUCCGUUUUUCUUGAAACCCAGUAAUGCAGAGGCGUUACAGAUGUUUCUAAAGGAAGGUUCAGCCGCUCCACAGCUUCCUCUCUACUAUUAUCACUUACCCGCACUGACCGGAGUGAAGCUGAACGUGAGGGAGGUUCUGCAGGGCAUUGAGACGCAGAUUCCCUCGUUCAAAGGGCUGAAGUUCAGCGGAGUGGAUUUGAGAGACCUGGGGCAGUGUGUCUCUUACUGCCGUCCGCACGGUUGGUCCGUCCUCUACGGAGUGGAUGAGCAACUGCUGGGAGCCUUGGCGUUGGGAGUCUGCGGCGCCGUGGGAAGUACGUACAAUUACGUGGGUCACUUCAUGAACAAGAUGCUGAACGCAUUUGAAAAAGGAGACCUCGCUCUCGCUCAGGACCUGCAGUUUAAAAUGCAGGACGUCUUCACUUUCGCAAACAGUCUGGGCUUCGACCUGGCCAUGAAUAAGCAGGUGAUGAGUUUGUGGUCCGGCUUACCCAUGGGUCCUCCGAGGCUGCCGCUGCUCCCUUGGCCUUCUGAUCGCACUCAGGACAUCGUUAAGAAACUGCAGCAGGAAAUGGGGCCCUGUCCUAAAUAAAGCACAAACAACAACUGACCAAUCAGCCGCGGUGAAUACGCACAGGUCAUCCGGGGUACCAUGCGUUUUAUUUCCGCUGACGCGGCAAGCCAUAUCCUUUUCAUGUAACACUCCUGUAACUUGAUAUCGUUUAAUGUUUUAUAAUAUCUCAGAGAAGGAGGGCUUUCGGGUUUUUUUCCUUUACGGGUGCAGACGAAGGAAAACAGCACGGAACCUGCGACGUACAAAAUACACAUUUUAUUAGUACUGUAGUCAAUUAAAGGACCUACGUAGAGUACCUACACUUUAUACACAACAUGGAGACUAAUGUACAUUUAUAGAAUGUUAUUGUUUAUGAAAUACUGUAACACUCCUGUUUUCUAAACUUUUACUGAGAAUUUCUUCUGAUUACCUGAGGGACAGAAAAGAGAACAGUCCUUAAUAUAGCGUAAUCAGUGAUCCUUCUCCACUUCAAUAACACUAUUUGAACAAACGUAUUGGGACACCUGACCUUUUCUGCUCCAUGUGGUUCUUUUUCAAACUGCAGACACACAACAUUUUUGAGUGCGGUUUAAUAAACAUCUUGACCUCGGGAACUCAAACCUGUUCCAGCAUGGCAAUGUGCACAAAGCGAGCUCCUUGAAGAUCUGCUUUACAUAAUUUGGAGAGGAAGAUCUUGAGUGAGCUGCUAUAGAGCUCUGAUCUCAUCCCUAUUAAACACCUUCGGGAUUAAUUGGAACAUUAAAUGCACCCCUGCAUCAGGACUUUACUAACACCAUUGUGGCUGAUGAACACACAUGUCCACAAUGCGUAUUCUAAAGUCUAGUGGAACAUCUUCCCAGAAGAGCGAAAGGAAUUCUAAGAGGAAAUUGGAACUAAAUGUGGAACGUGAUGCUCAAAAAGCACAUACAGGUGUGCAGGUGAGGUGAUGAAGCCUGGGGUGCAGUCAGCAUUAAAACAAAUCAUCCCAAAUGUGUUCAAUAGCGUUGAGGUCAGAGAUAUAUACCCAGGUUUGGGUUUUGUAGUUUGGGUCUCGUACCAACAUUGUGGUAGCCACGUAUUGUGGCAGGUGUCCCAACACGUUGUGUUUUAUUUACUCACCAUACACACUUCUCUCAUUGUUGUGUCCAGGUUUUAUCUUUGUUUGUUGGUUCAAACUAGUUUUUUGACAGGUCUAAUUAACUAAGCCUGGAUUUAAUAAGAGGCUGUUUACUCACUGUGCACUGGAUCAGGAACACUCUGAUUAUGGUUAAGGCCUCCUUCUGCUCCCAAAAGUGCCAUAGAUUGCACAAAAUGUUGAUUCUGACUCCAGAUUUUCCAGAUUCAUUCUCUUCCAAGGACCCAACGUUUUUUUAAGCAUGAAUUUACAAGGCAUUGUUUGUGUGGGGAAAAAAUAUAUAUAUUUUUUCUUUCCUGGAGGAUGGCAAUCUUUAAAAAAAUUUGUAGAUUUUUAAUAGACACAGUUUAGAAGUCACAUGAUUUUUGAGCAGAUGAUGAAAUGGAUUAAAUCUCUUAAGACUUGAACACGGGUGCAGUGAUGAUUUACACUUUGUACUGUAAUGCUUACAGUUAAUACUAAUGGUUUUAAUAGAAAUGUCAUUUAUUUUAGAAUAAUGGAUUAAAAAAAUGUAAUAAAUGUAA